AUUCGCCUAUCAAAGCAAUUCACCCCCACCCUUAAAGCGGAACAAAUUGGUAAUGAACAGGUAGAAAGUGUGGGACUUUUGAUGAGAGGAGGUUAUAUCAGACAAUCUUCCUCAGGGUUUUUCACUCUGUUGCCGAAUGGAUAUCGAAUGGUCAAAAAGAUUGAACGAUUAAUUGAUGAAGAAAUGGAGGCAAUCGGUGCAAGUAGAUUGGAAAUGCCAACGAUGCUAUCUAGCAAUCUAUGGCACAAGAGUGGACGGUUUGAGACAAUGGGCAGCGAAUUAUACAAGCUAAAAGAUCGUAAACAAACAGAAUUCAUCCUUGCCCCGACAUUCGAAGAAGAAGUCACCAAAUUGAUCGGAGAAGAAGUUCAGUCUUACAAGCAAUUACCCAUCAAAGUGUAUCAAAUUACCAGCAAACAUCGAGAUGAACCGAGGCCUAGGAGUGGAUUAUUACGUACUCGCGGAUUUAUCAUGAAGGAUCUUUAUACCUUCGAUGCCACUGUCAGUGACGCUGAACGCUCUUAUGAAGAGGUCAGAGCAGCCUAUGAUCGUAUUAUGACAAGACUAUUUGGACCGAAAGGAAGUGGUUGGCAGGUAGCAGAAGCAGAUACAGGAGCGAUGGGAGGAUUACGAUCACACGAAUAUCAGGUGCAGGAUCCACUUGGCGAAGAUGCUUUGAUAUCGUGCAACCAUUGCGACUAUUCUGCCAAUAUAGAGAAAGCAGCUUCAUUUCCCAGAAGGGACAAUUUGCCUAUUGAAGCAAGUGAAGUAGAUGUAUCUCUACACGGCGCAAGCGAUCCAUCCUUCCAUGGCUGUACGCUAACAGCAGUCGUCGCACCAAAAGGUCGAACUAUCCACCCGAUCAAAUUGAAAGAGGCGAUCGAGAAUGGUCAAUAUGCGCCAAAUACCAUAUCCACAGAUCAGCUUUCUCCUUUACCGGCAACCGAGGGGGAGAAUGGCAAUAGCAACCAGUGGGACUGGAAGGAUAGACCUGAAGGUCCUAUAGUACGCUUUGACCAUAUUCGCAUCCUUCUCGAUCACGAAUGCGCAGCUUUGGAGCCGGAAGAAGUCCAACUUGCCGUCUUAAAUGCUGCUGAACAAUUUGGCUCACCAUCGGGAACGUCCUCUAAGCGAAGCAGUGGAUCUGAAGGCGCUCCUACACUGCAUGACUACUUUGGUGCACAAUUUGCAUCAGCUCAUGAUGCCAUCCCGCAAGAAUACGUCGAUAUUAGACAAGCUGAAGUGAAUGAUACUUGUGCAUCGUGUGGGAAAGGUCAAUUACAAGAAGCAAAAGCGGUAGAAGUUGGCCAUACGUUCUUGCUUGGCACACGAUACUCGAAAGCACUGAAUUAUCAGUUUAUGCCUGAUACCAAGACCACGUCAUCCAAAAACGAGCCGGCACUGUUCCAGAUGGGAUGCUACGGCAUUGGCUUGACCCGCAUCUUGGGGGUUCUGGCACAAAACGCUCAAAGAACAUUCGACAAGCUGAAUACGCCAAUGUCGCAAAAGCAAACAAAGGUCCGAAAAGGAUUUGCAUGGAAUCCCGAAAUUGCCCCUUUCAAGGCGCUUGUUCUCACUUCAGAUUUGCACAACGAGAAACAGGCUGCUGCAGUCGAGUCUCUGUGCAACUUGCUCACACGUAGAGUCAGCAAAGAAGAUGAAUCCCCGUGGGAUACAGUUCUCUCUCGUUCUGGUCUGUGUCUAGAGAGCGAUAUUGCAAUCGAUGAUCGUUCCACAAUGUCAAUCGGAGCCAAGUUGAACGAAGCAGACUUGAUCGGCUACCCGCUCGUUUUCAUCUUGGGGAAGCAUUUCGAUAAGAAUGGGGAAGUCGAAGUCAGGUAUCUCAGC